AUGUCUGAAGAAAAGCCAGUCAACAGCCGCAAGGACCGCCCAACAGGCUCCAUGCACGUGGGAGAUGCCGACUUUGAUGUCAACGACCCCGCUUACGAGAUGGAUGCCACUUGGGGAGAAGUCUGCAAGGCUUGCUGCGUUAGAAGCCCAGUCGAAUGGGCCAUGGCAUUCGGUGGACUCGUUGCUGUUUUCUUUUUCCUAUACUUUUUCCUCGUUGGACUGGACCUUCUUGGAAACGGCGCCAAGGUCAUGGGAGGAUGUGCCGCAGGUGCUCUUUUUGGUGAUGACAUGAACCCCAUUGCUGGACUCAUGGUUGGUAUCGUUGCCACUGUCUUGUUGCAGAGUUCUUCCACCACCACUUCCAUUGUAGUCAGUCUCGUCGGAGCUGACUCUGUCACCGUCAAGCAAGGAAUUUUUAUGAUUAUGGGUGCCAAUAUUGGUACAUCUGUCACCAACACCAUCGUUGCCAUGGGUCACUUGGGAGACGGCGAUCAACUCGAGCGUGCUUUCGCUGGAGCUACGGUCCACGACAUGUUCAACUUUUUGUCCGUGGCCAUCUUGCUUCCUGUCGAAGCCGCUACAGGAUACCUCUUUUACCUCACUGAGGCUCUUGUCAAGAACUUCAAGGCCCAAGACGGAGAAAAGUGGGAGGGACCAGUCAAGAAGCUUGUUUCUCCUCUUGCCAGUCGCAUCAUCAUUGUCAACAAGAAGGUUGCCGGCGACAUUGCUUCUGGAAAGAAGGUUUGCGACGACUACUACCCCAACAAUGGAACUCUUGCUUGCGACGACUACAAUGAUCCUCUUACCUGCAGCUCUGGGCUUCUUUCCUGCGACAGCAAGGCCGAUACUCCAUACUGUCCUGCUUUCUUUGACCCUGAAGCCACUGAAUCCGUGGACCGUACCUCUGGAGUUUGCGCCUUUAUCAUUGGCUUGAUCCUCCUCUUCAUCUGCCUCUUUGCAUUGGUCAAGAUCUUGCAACGAUUAAUGAUGGGAGCUUCUACCCGCGUUCUCUACAAGGCUACCAACAUUAAUGGAUACCUUGCCAUUCUCAUUGGAGCUGGUAUCACCAUUUUGGUCCAAUCUUCUUCCAUUACCACUUCCGUUUUGACCCCCUUGGUCGGUGUCGGUGCCCUUCGUCUGGAACAAAUGCUUCCUCUGACGCUUGGAGCCAAUAUUGGUACCACCGUCACUGGUCUCUUGGCUGCCCUUCUUGGUAACAAGAACGGUAUGCAGGUCGCUCUCGCCCACUUGUUCUUCAAUAUUACCGGUAUUGCCAUUUGGUACCCAGUUCCAUUCAUGCGCAACAUUCCUUUGAACGCUGCCCGUGCUCUUGGACGAUCCACCCGUCUCUUCCGUGGAUUCCCAAUCAUCUACAUUGCCGUGGCAUUCAUUGCCAUGCCUUUGAUCUUUUUGGGUAUCUCUUACCUCUUCUCUGAUGGCAACUCGGGACUUACGGCUCUUGGUUCCAUCAUUGUCGUUGUCCUGGCCGUGGUCCUUAUCUACACUGGAUACUUUUGCAAGUACCAAGGUGGAUCUGAAAAGUGCACCGAGUGCUUGGUCUCUCGUGAAAAGCGAAACGUUGCCGUCCGAGAUCUUCCCGAUGACAUGGAAUGGCUCAAGGCCAAAGUUCGUGAACUUUCCGAGCACACUGGACUUCCCAUUGAUGAGGAGGAAGAAGCUGCCGACGUGGAAGCUGAGAUUCCUGCCAAGGAAGCGGCAGAUGAGGCCUCCGACGAAGCCUGA